UUGUCAUCGAAUAGGCCUUUUCAGGCCAUUUUUGGCACUUCUCAAAUUGCAUUUAUUAUUUUGUUAGUUAUUAUAAUUGAUAUUGUUGAAGCUGUCGAUAUUCCAAUUACUAUUUUGAUUGAUGAAACAAUUAGAAAUGCUCAAGCAAUUGCUGAUUUGGCAAAACAAGAAGUUUUAAAUUUUGCACCCAAUGUUACUUUCACGUGAGUGCAUAGAUAUAUGUUUAUAUCUCAAACCUCGUUCAUAGUUCCAUUGAGGGGCCGAAGUGAAAUUUUGAUUUUUUUAAACGAUUUGAAAGUACAGAACAAUUCCUAUUAGUCAAAACUCUUUGGGGAUCUUAAAAAUUACUUAAAGAACCACAAAUCUAGCUGAUCUGUGUUUAUCAAAAUAUUAAUUGUUUUUCAGUUACACGCUCGAAACAAGUGCAUCUUGUAGUACAAAACCAUCUGAUAGUAAAUAUAUUAAUGAAUUUUUCCAAAAUUAUUAUUCCAAAAAUUAUCGAAUAACAAUUGGCCCAACAUGUUUAGCAAGUAAGACAAACAUUAAUUUAUUUACAAUUCCUUAUUAUUUCUUUUCAGAUUUGAUUCGUUUUGGUAAUAUAACUGCAGAAUUUCAAAGUCUUGAGAUGAAUAUUCUAACAAGUUAUCCUUUUAAUCAUCCAACCAUGAUUGAUGUAAGAUUUUUCUACUUUUUCUGAUAAAAAUUUAUAUAAAAUUUUAGUUAGUCACGAGAUCUCCAAGGAAUUUAGCUGAAAACGUAAUCGCAAUUGCAAAAUCAUUCGAUUGGAAUCAGGUUAACUAGAAAAAACAGAAUUCAGAUGAAAAAUAUUUUUUGUUAGGUAGCCAUAGCUUUUUGUAAAGAAUGUUAUUCUGAUGAUAUAUUGGCAUCUGAAACAUAUAUGGAUGUAAUAACAGAAUUAUUGGAUGAUAAUUCAGUAACCGUCCGAACAACAAUUGAUAUUGCAAAGUCAGAAAACCGUGAUUCAAUUUAUAAUAAAAUUUCAAUUCUACCAACAGCUGCUAGAGUUGUUCUUUUAUUUUUGGGAAAUUCUUUGAGUGAUCAUGUUGAAUUUAUGGCUGCAUUACAAUCGCGAAAUUAUACAAGGAAAGAAUAUUUACCAGUUAUAGUUUUAUCAAAAUAUACUUCAAGUUAUCAAUAUCCAUGGGUAACUGAUUCAUCAAAAUUAGACAUGUUUGAUAAAACUGUUGUGGUUCGUUUAACACUAAUUGUAAAUGACUCAAUUUUUUAUUUUUGAAACAUUUCUUUAGAUUUAUAACAAUUAUUAUUCUGGAAAAACAAAUAAUUUUCUAUCAAAGUUAAGUUUUACAAACGACGAUGAUAUGACGGUGUCUUUUCAAUUUUACGAAUCACUGUGGGUAUUGGGAAAAUAUCUAGCUAAUGCUGAAGUUAAUUCUACUAAAUUCAACUAUGUAAAUCCAGAAAAAUCAUUGGCAAAAGAGGUUAUCGAAGGUUUGAUAUUUUUUACCUUUGAGAAAAAUGAUUUUAUUUGAAAUAUUUAAGGACCAUUCGGAUCAAUUCAGUUUACUGAAGAUGGUAAACGAUUGAGUGGAUACAGUAUGCUUUUAGUUACAAAAAAUUCAACAACUGGCAAUAAUAUUCAACAAUUGGAUAAUGUUGCAAUGCAAUCCACAUCGUGUUCAUCUUCCCCUUGUCUAACAUUUUUUGCAAAUGGAACUGAAUACAAUGCAAUCAAAGAUAUUCCACUCUGCGGUUUCAAUGGAGAAGUUUGUGAUCAAUCAACGUAAGUUUUUAUUAAAAGAGGAAUGUGAAACUAGUUCUAAAUGAGAAAUGUAAUUCCAAAUUAGGAUUUGGGAUACCAUUCAAAAAUUUGAUUUUUAGAAAUAGUCACAAUAACUAUGAUAUAUUUCAGAGUUAUUUAUUCAAUAGUUGCAAUAAUGGCCAUAACAAUAUGUAUAGUUGUAUUGUAUGUGAUGUGUCGUAAACUAAUUAGAGGAUCAAAAAGAAGAAAUAUGAGAAAUCCUUGGCUGAUUCCUGUUGCUGAUGUAUUAUUUAUCGAUUUAACAAAUACCGAAGGAAGUCAACAUUUAUCGAUUCAAAGUUUACAAAGAAAAAUGGAAGAAAAACAACAAAUUCAGAAAUCAAUGGUAUCGUUGAAAAGUAUUGCAACUGUUGAUAAUAUGUAUUGUAUUGUUGACAAAUUAAUGAUGAAAGAACGUAUUAGAUUUGAAAAAGGAGAAGCAGCUAAACUAAUGAAGGUAGACAAAUAAUUAGUUGAUGUCUAAUUAACUAUGUAUAAAAUAAUUCAUAUUUCAGAUGAAAACUGCAUUACAACAUGAUAACUUGAAUCCUUUUGUUGGAUUUUCAUUAGAUAAAGCAACUUAUCUUUAUACAAUUUGGACACAAUGUUUUCGAGGUAAUUUAGCUGAUAUCGUAUUAAAAUCAAAAGAUGAAUUUACUGGAAUGGAUAAUAAUUUACAAGGAGCAUUUGUUCGAGAUAUUCUAAAGGUUUGAAAUAAAGAGUGAGUUGAAUUAAUCCUUUCAACUUUUAAAGGGUCUUGAAUAUUUGCAUUCAAACCAAGGACUUGGAUAUCAUGGAGCAUUAACUUCUUAUAACUGUGUUAUUGAUUCACAUUGGAUUUUGAAACUCAGCGGAUUUGGUGUAAAUGAUUUUAUUGUGAAAUGGAGAAAAGCUGGGCUUGUUUAUACAUCCGAUGGGACACCAGUUAUUAGUUCAACACAACUUCAUUAUUAUGCACCAGAAAUUCGAAGAACAUGGAGAGUAAACCCAGACGAAUCAACAACACCAGCACCAACUACACCAGCAACGACAGCCAAAAAUGAAGAACCUAAUGGGGGUUUAACAUCUGCCGUGAUGAGAGUGAGUAAAUUUCAAUUUUUCGUCGAAUGUUUCAACAAAUUUUUCAGCGAGCUGAUAUGUAUUCUUUUGGUGCUGUUCUUUUCGAGAUAUUAUUUAAUAAAAAAAUCAUUGAUUUGGAAGAUUCAACAAAUGAUCCUUAUCGAUUAAUAGACGAAGAUCAUGAAACAAUCGUACCUUUAUAUCCCGAAAUUCCAAAUGAUCAAGAUGUUCAUCCAGAUCUUAUUAGUUUAUUACAUCGUUGUUUCAAUGGACAACCAACAGAAAGACCAGAUACAUCAUUGGCAAGGAAAAUAACGUCAUCAAUUCUUAAAAUGUCUGGAAGUCUUGUUGAUCAAAUGAUGAAAAAUAUGGAAAGUUAUACAAGUGGGCUUGAAAAAAUGGUUGAAUCUCGAACAAGGCAAUUAGCGGUUGAACAAGAAAGAGCAAAUAAUCUAUUGAGUCAACUUCUACCACAGUAAGUUAUUUCAAUUGAUUUCAAAUAAUUCAAUGUUUUUUAUAGAGCAGUAGCAGAAGAAUUAAAAGCUGGAAAACGAAUAUCUGCAGCAGACUAUGAGAGUACAACAAUUCUUUAUUCAGAUAUUGUUGGUUUUACAUCAUUAUGUUCAGAAAGUGAACCAAUGGAAGUUGUUGAAUUAUUAUCUGGAAUGUAUGAAGGUUUUGACAGAAUUAUUACUCAACAAAGUGGAUAUAAAAUGGAAACAAUUGGAGAUGCUUAUUGUGUUGCAGCAGGUUUACCAGUUCCAAGUAUAACAAAACAUGUUCGAGCAGUAUCACUAAUUGCUUUAUUACAAAGAGAUGUAAAAAUUAGCUGAACAAACUUUUUGAACCAUUUAUUUUUUCAGUUUCUUCGUCAUUUCGAAAUUCCACAUCGACGAGGUCAAUAUUUAAAAUGUCGAUGGGGUUUCAAUUCUGGUAAAGUAUUUUCUGGAGUUAUCGGAAUUCGUGCACCACGUUAUGCUUGCUUUGGAGCAACAGUUUUAGUUGCAGCUAAAAUGGAAUCUACUGGAAUUCCAGAUAAUAUUCAAAUGACACUUCGUAGUCAACAAUUACUUGAAGAAUAUUAUCCACGUUUUACAGUAAAACCACGUCCAAAUGGUGUAAAAGUUGAUGGAGUCGGAUAUUUUUUAACAUAUUUUCUGACUGGUUAUGAAGAAGGUACAACAGAAGCAGAUGGACUUGAAGAUGACGAAUAUUGUGGAGAAGGACCUAAUUUGCUCAAAGAAUACUUCAAAAACGUUAAAGAAGCAAAACAACUCGAAAAACAAAAAAACGCUAGUUAG